ACUUAUUCGGUCUUCAGACUUCAUUAUGUCCUUUGAGCUGGGGACAAUCUCAUCAGAGGUGAAAAUGACAAUUAGCAGCAACUUCACUGAAAUAUGGAAAAAACAUUUUACUCUUAUAUCGACGUCAGUAUACUCACUCAUUUUGGUAGUGCUUGAAAAGAUACUGGAAUCUGAGUUUAAAUGCCCAGAAGAUCUGCAUUUGAGACGUUCGUACAGCAUCUUCUAUUUCAUUAUGCCAGCUGCGACUUUUUUUAUAUUAGGCAUAAUUUUCCAGCGAGCGUAUCUACAUCCUUUUCAUAGAGAAAACGAAUUCUACUACUUUUACAACAAAUGCAAAAGUGACAACAAAUGCAAAAGUCACUUUACAGAUAAGUGCACGUUUAGGAGCUGCUGGUGCGUUUUGUUAAAGGCUGUUUUCCCUGCUCUGUUGUGGAUAGUGAUCCUUCUUCUGGAUGGAAGAUAUGCCUACUGCUUCAAUGAGAACAUCAGAAAUUAUCAGAAUUCCCAGAUUUCGGGACUCAUUAUCAUGUUUGCUGUUGUCAGUAUCGGUUUGACAUGCACGUGCUGCUGCAAGAAGGGCUACAGAAAAAAGAUAACAGUGGAUGAAGAUAAAAUCAAGAAUCUACUAGCACAAAAAGCUCAUGAGUAUAUUUUAAAACAGAAGGAAGAGGCUAUCUGGCAACGCCUAAAGGAUGAAUACUUAGCUGACCCAGAAACAAUUUUGGUUUCUAUUGACAAGGAAAAGAUAUCUGAUAUAAUAGAUAGCGUUUGUAGCAAUUCAAGAGAAGGCUCAGCUGACCAAGGAGGACCUCAAGAGACCGCCAGUCUGUUACUUCAAGCGACCUCCAAUCCUUUAUAUCAAGCGAUCUCCAAUCCUUUAUAUCAAGGGACCUCCAGUCCAUAACCUCAAGAGAUAUAAGAAAGCUCAAGUUGUCCAAGGGUGUGAGUUUUUUUUGUAUUUUAAUAUGACCACCACAGAAAGACUGGUAACUGAUUAAUAUACCAGUAAUAACACCAAACCAUGACUACACAGCAACUGCAAUCUACUAAUUGCACAAAAACCAAAGUGGAAAAUAAGGAAGGACAUGGAUUCCCAGCAGUUCUCCUUCUCCAGCCUCCCCCUGCAAUUCUUGGCUUCCUCUCCCACGCUAGGGGGGCUGUAGUGGGUUCCCCUCCCCCAUUCCAGGUUGGGGAGGGUGGCUCCAGGGGCUUCUCACCCUCCUCUGCCAGGCUGGUGUUCCAGGGAGGGCAAGGCGGCAGAGCUGUCCUGUCCUGUUUUUCACAGGAGGGGAGGAGGAAAUGGCAGUGGAGCCGCCUUGAAUUGUUGGUCUCUUUAGGUCCCUCUUCACCCUUCCCCUCCCAUGAGAAUGGUGUCUGGAUGCCGAGGCGGUGGGGAGGGGGAGAAAGCUCCGACUGCAAAGUGCCAGAUCCGUAGCAGCACUACAUCUCUGCUGGAUGAGAUUUCCUGAGGUAUGUGUAAACAUGUGACACAGGGUUCAGAUGUGUAAGUCUUACAACUCAGGUGUCUGAGAUCCCCAGUCCUUCAUUUCACGAGGUCUCCAGUUCUUCACCAUAAGAGAUCUCCAACCCUUCACUAUAAGAGAUCUCCAAUCCUUCACCUCAAGGGUUCUCCAAUUCUCCACUUCAAGAGGUCUCAAUACCUUCAUCUCAAAGGAUCUCCAACCUUUCACCUCAAGAGGUCUCAAAACAUUCAUCUCAAGGAACUACAGAUUUCUGAUUUCUAAUACUCGUGUAAUCUAUAAGGGAAAAGCUACAACACAACCUCAUAACCUGCUUCUCUCAAUUUCAGAACAGCAGAAAUGGAAAACAAAGAGAAAUUUAAAUUAAGGAUGAUUAAAACUCUGUCCAUAUCUAGUUAAACAAUGGCCAUAGGGUGACCACUCAUCAUUAAAAUAUCUUCCGAUGGCCAAGUAAGUUUUUGAAAUUUAGAUAGAAGUUUGAGGUAAUUACAGUGAUUUCUGUUCAGGAAGAAAAUCCGAGAGACUGCCAAUAAUCCGCUCAAGAUGCCUGCAGCUGUUAAAUAGUUUAAAUACAAGGCUUAUCCAGCAAAUGUGGCUCAAUUGUUUUUCACAUGCACUAGAUUUGCUUUAGCAUUUACUUUCAUAUUUUUAUGUAUAAGGCAUUUAAAAAUAAAGGCACUCUGAAACUCAA